AUGGCCACAUCCGCGCUUAAGAUGGCGGCCAUCUGCGCGGUACUGGUGGUCAUCCUCAUGUCUGCUGCGGGCAAGCCGGCGAUGGCCUACGUCGACGGGCAACCCCUAGCUUGCCCUAGUGCAGCGACGGCAUGCCGCACAGCAUGCAUACCUGCGUGCAACGCCUUUGCAGAGAAGAUGUGCAGCGUGCUCUGCGCCCUUGCUCCAGGGGCGGGCCAGACCUGCGUGAACCAGUUGUUCACCCCUUGCCAGGUUACCUGCAAGAACUUAUUAGCGACAUCGCCUCACAAGCCGCCUUCUACCAUACGAGUACCCAAGAAGGAAACACAUUGUAGAGACCUUGAGAGCACAAGCAAAACAAUGGCGGACUUCGCACUUGGGCUGACCAAGACGGCGGUGGAGGGGACGCUGAGCAGGGUAAAGUCGGCGAUAGAGGAGGAGGCCAAGCUCAAGGAGAAGGUGCACCAAGACCUGGUGUUCAUCAUCGGCGAGUUCCAGAUGAUGCAAUCCUUUCUGGAGACCGCCAAAUGGGAGCGUGCCAAGAACAAGGUGGCAAACACAUGGGUGCGGCAGCUCCGCGAGCUGGCCUUCGACGUGGAGGACUGUGUUGAGUUCGUUGUCCACCUGGACAAGGACUCUGCAUGGUGGUGGCGUGUGGUGCCUUCCUGCAUGGCACCACCACGGCACCUAGACGAGGCGGCCGCUGAGAUAAAGCAGCUCAAGGCCAGGGUGGAGGAUGUAAGCCAUAGGAACAUGCGCAACAACCUCAUCAGUGAUUCUGGCUCCCACUCGAAGAUCGUCAUGCCGAUGGCCCCGGCGGCCACCACCUCCAGCCCAUUAGCAUUCGACAACCUACGCCAAGUGUGGGAGGCUGCUGGGAAGAUACGUGACACCGGGGACCUUCAAGAUUUGAUCAGGCAUGAAGACAGUGACCUUCGAGUGAUAUCGGUAUGGGGAAGUACAGGAGAUGAUCUUGGAAUGACGUCCAUCUUCAGCAAGGCGUAUUGUGGCAAGAAAAUCAGCCAAGAAUUCAAAAGCCGUGCAUGGGUAAAGCUCAUACAUCCUUUUAACCCUGAAGAAUUCCUCAAGAACUUGCUGACUCAGUUCUACGAGAGCUCUCACCAAGCAAACGUAGAUGUUGGUCAUCUCAACAAGGCCCAGCUCAUGCAACAAGUGAUGGAACACAAGUAUCUCAUCAUCGUCGAAGGAGUAUCCACCGUGGUAGAGUGGAAUGCUAUUAAAAUGUAUCUUCCAAACAACAAGAAAGGCAGCCGGAUCCUUGUCUCGACGCAGGACUUAGGGAUUGCACUUCAAUCUCCUGGGGAGCCCUACCUAGUAUCAGAGCUCGGGCGGUUUUCGGAUGGAAAAUCACUUUGUGCCUUUUUCAAGAGGGGGCUCGCUCUUUCCACCAGAAAAGAAGAGGCACAGGACUGGACCAACAAUUUUGAACUUCUUAGGCAUGAAGAUAUAGACAUUACCAACCUUUUAAAAGAAGGUCCUGGUGUGGCGUCGGUGUGGGGUAUUGCAGGUGUUGGGAAAUCAGCUCUGGUGAAAAGUGUUUACUAUCGUGUAAUGCUUGGACUGUAUCCAAUUUAUCGGUGGGCGAAGGAUCCCAGGGAUAGAUUACGAAGGAAAUUUACAGCAUACAGCUGGGUCGAUGUGCCCCAUCCAUUCAAUUUGACGGAGUUCUCUCGGCGCUUACUUCUAGAUUUUCACUCAGAUGACCUUCAAGCUAAGGAAACUGCAAUAGUUGGCAUCAUCGAAGGCCAAGACCCAAUUCAAGGGUGUCGCAAUAUCAUUAUCAUUACAAAUGAUGGAAGUGUGGCCAAGCAUUGUGUAGAUAAUAGGGAUGAUUUUCACGUGCUCAAUGUCCAAGGUCUUUAUACUUGGGAUGCCUUUCAACUCUUCAAUGAAAAGGUAGCUUUGAACAACAAGCAAUUGGCUCCGAACGAGAUGCCACAAUCAAAACUUAUCGUGGAUAUGUGUGGUGGGAUUCCCAAACUAAUUGUGGCUAUUGGCAAUCACUCCCUCGUGUCCCCUUCCUUUUUGAAUAAUCUGAAUGAUGAUUUUAUUGGAAAGUUGGAGACCGAUCCGGGAUUCCAUGGCUUAAGAGAUCUACUCUCCUGGAUGCAUUCCUACUUUGAUGCUUGCUCCGAUUCACUGAAACCUUGCAUCUUCUAUCUGUCAAUUUUCUCUGCCGACCAGAAUAUUAGACGGAAGCGUUUGCUAAGGCGGUGGAUUGCAGAGGGUUACUGCUGGGACACAUUUAAUAGUACAGCAGAGCAAAACGGGGACAGGCUAUUCUCAGAGCUUGUUGGCUUGAGCAUAAUCCAGUACAUCACAUAUUUACUAAGCAUGAAGAACCAGUGCCAAGUCAAUGGUUUUUUCCAUGAGUACAUCAUCUCACGGCCAAUGGAGGAUAACCUUGUCUUUGCACUGGAGGGGUGUUGUGGCCUAAACUCGCAACGCGGAGGACAAAACCUCACCUUAAGGCAAAACUGGGACAUGGACAUGAAUGUAUUUGAGAACAUCGACUUCUCACGGCUACGAUCUUUGACUGUGUUUGGAGAUUGGAGUCCAAUGUUCAUCUCAAAAAAUAUUCAGAUGAGAUUUCUUCGGGUGCUGGAUCUGCAGGACACAUCAGGGGUAAAAGAUGAUGAACUCGACCAAAUUGGAGAGCUACUACCACGCCUUAAGUUCUUGUCACUGCAGCUGCAGACUCUAGAUAUCAGACACACCUCCAUAGCCACGCUUCCACCAGCUAUCAUCAAGCUGCAGAGAUUGCAGUAUAUUCGUGCUGGCACAACUACUAAACCUUUUGAUGAAGGUGGCACGGUCCCAAGCCUACCAGCAACAGAUGAGGACAUGACACCAGCAAUAGCAGAAAAUCAUGGUGAACCUGAAGCCACAGCACCAGCACCAGCAGAACAUGGUGAUGACAAAGCGACGGUAACAACACUAGUAGAAGAUGUUGAUGGCAUGGCCCCAAGCCAACCAGCAACAGCAGCAGCAGCAGAAGGCGUGGUUCAUACAUUAACAAGGUCAAGGAGCAGAAGACAUACUUUGUUAUCUAGCAGGUUGUCUAAGCUCUGCCAGAGGCAUGGACUACUUGAUAAUGGGGGUGUCGAGCUUCCUGCAGGGUUUGGGAACCUGAUGGCCUUGCAUACUCUUGGUGUUAUCAAUGUCAGUGGGGCAGGUGGAAAGGCCAUCCUUAAGGAGCUCAAGAAACUUACUCAACUGCGCAAGAUCGGGCUGCGCGGUGUCAAUCAAGAAAACUGGAAGGAAUUCUGUUCUGUCAUCUCAGGCCACGGCCAUCUGGAAUCUUUGUCGGUGCAUGUCGACAAGGAUAAGGAGGAAUGUUCUUUCUAUUGUUUUGAUGAUAUCUCCCAGCCACCCAAGACAUUAAAGAGCCUUAAAUUGCACGGGCAUGUGCGCACUAUGCCUGGAUGGAUCAAGCAGCAUCAUUAUCUCGAAAAGUUAUAUCUUGAGAUGACCAUAUUCAGCCAAGAGGACGUGCACGUCUUUGAUGACUUCAAAGAAUCUGUAUUGCAUCGUCUAUUAGUCAGGCCGAUUCAAGAUGGUGAGCUUCACUUUAGCCUAUCGCCGCAUGAUCAUUCCUUCUACAACUUCAAGGUCCUGGAGAUAUAUUGCACCUCCAGGUUAAAGGUAACCUUUGGACCUUGGAUGGCGGGAUCUGUUCGUCUGCUUCUGGUCCACUGCUCUAGUGGGUCAUCUUUCCAGAUAUCUGGGCUAUGCGAACUACAGAGUCUCGAGGAGGUGUGGCUCAAGGGUUCAUAUAGCAAUGCACUCAAGAAAGACUUACAGAAACAACUUUCCGAGCACCCAUGCAAACCCGUGUUGAAGCUGGUGCAACCACGUUCGUCCUGAUACCACAUUCAAAUCACACCUACCACUGCCAAGUCAUAGGAUCGUAAACCUAUAGGAUUCAUGCUUCUUAGUUGCUUUUCUUCUUUUAUCGAGCAUAAUGUAUGUAUGUGUAGUUGUUUAUAUGCCCCAUGUA